GCUUGUUUGCACUUGCAGUGAAGAGUUGUUUCCUCGUGUUCAAAACGAACUGGCGGGGAUUGCAUUGCAAUUCUGAUUGCAUUCGUGCAUUUGUCCUUCACUGAUCCUGAAAACGGACGGAAAAACUGCAAAAAAGACUUCAUUUCUUAUUCUUGCCGGUCAUGAGCCAUGGAUGAAGACUCCUGUUCCAAGUUCAUUGGUUCCUUGACCAAGUACCUUCAGUCUCUUUGCCACAGUUAUGUAGAAUUUGAGACAGGUGUUGAGCUAGUGGGCCACAUUUACCUGAAUGUGGAUACUGCCAAGAAGAUUGACUACGUGUUGAAUGAAUCUGUGUGUAAAAAUGGGGCCAAUGUGGUCAAGUUCACCAGCAACAGCUACCAUGCACAGCCUGUGGAAAAGCAGAAAUCAAAGAAGAUUACAGCUGAGACCCCUACAAAGUCAUCAGAGAGUGAUCCUAAAAAGAAAGCUGAUGAUGAUGAUGUCAUAAUUGUUGGAUCUGAAGCAUCCAGAACUAGAGGGUCAAGGCUUGGACAAAGAGUGGGACAGCCAGGUCAAACGCAGAGGGGAAUGUCUGGGAACAGUGGGGACAGAUUGCAGCAUGGGAUGGGCAUGGGAACAUUUCGCUCUCCUAGAGGCCCCAAUCCCCGAAUGUCUGGGCCAUAUGGUGGAGUGAACCCCCGAAUGGUUAACACCUAUCAGCAAGGCUACAGAGUGCCUGGACAGAUGGCAGGCAGUACAGCAACACAGCCCCAGUAUCCGGGGCCUGGCAUGACACGAAUGAGACAUAGAACCGAUAUCCCAGGCAUGAACCAGCCCUACCUAGCAGCGCAGCAGGCUGGCAGAAAUAUGCCAGGAAUGGUGCCUCCUCAGGGAGGAGGAGUAGGCAUUGGGACAGGCAGGUUGGAUCCUUCUCAACGAAUGCAGCCUCCGAACAUUGGCAUGCAGCGCAAUCAAGUGCAAAGGGCUGUCAACUCAGCUCGAAGGGCCUCAGACCCAGUGGACACUGAUAUUACUUUCAUGCGAGAGGAAUAUGUCCGACCUACAAAUCAGCAAGAUAUGAGUGUUAACCCAGCAGCCCACAUGCAGCCACAUCAACCUCACAUGCAAGGGUCCCAGCAGCAUAGCCAGGCUUCCCUGGCAGCCUCACAGCAGGCGCAAUCGUCAUCUGCCUUGAGCAUGAUGACGCAGCGCUUCGGAUAUUCCCAGACACACCAGGAGCAGCAGCAGCAGCAGCAGCAGCAACAGCAGCAGCAGCAGCAGCAGCAGCAGGGACCAGCACAUCUACAGCCCAGAUUCCAGGGUCCCUAUUCUCAUAAUGUACCCUACAAUUCUAGCAUGGCGCCUGGCCAGGCAGGAGCUAUUUCCAGCAUGGGCACACAGCCGAUGAUGUCUGCUCAGCAGGACUCCAGCGCUGGGAUGGCCAGCACAGGCAUAAUGAACGCAGGCACGGCAACAGCCGGCAGCAUUUCGCCUCCAAAUGCUGACAACAGUACUAUGCCACCAGUGUCACAGUCAGCAUCUUCCACACCAGUCGGGCUGGGUGGGGGGAUGCCUCUCCCUGUCACCACCCACAGCAUCUUCGAUGACCACUUGCCAGUGAGCUCAUCCUCUGCGCAGGGAGAAACCACAGGUAAUACUGAGACUACUGCAUUAGGCACAAUGUCUCUACCAGUUUCGACUCCACAGGGUCAGGUGUCAGGGUCCAGGUCAGAUAGUGGACAGGGAGGCUUGAUGAUUGACCAGGUGUGGAGUCAGUCCACAGCCUUGGGACAUGGGGACAGUAUUUCCCAUAGGGAAUCAGUGAGUGGGCUAGCAAGGGACAGUGUAAGACAUGAUCAAGAGGUGGGUUUUAAUGCACUAGCAUCUAAUACUGCUGCUGGUUCUAGAGACACUGGUGUUCGGUUUAACUCGAAUUCGUCAUCUGAUGUCAAAGAUGCAAAUAUUUUUGACAUUUUGUCCGACUUUCAGCCAUCCACAUCUCUUUCAGCAUCUCUUCCUUCGUUGUCAGUGUUGAGUAACAGCUCAGGUGCAAGUGGUGGGGCAAGUAAUAGUAGUGCUGCACUACAGGCAAAUUUUCUGGGACAGCCGCCUCUACAGACGUCAACCUCAGGUUCUCAGAUUGUUGGGAAAAUUGAUAAUGCAAUGACUGGCACCAAUGUUGCUAGAGACUCCCAGAGUUCACUAUCCUAUGGGGCUGGAUCAGAUGUGAAACUUGAUCCUGGACAAAUUGGUGUGACUAUUGCCACCUCAGUUUUGCAAGAGACAACGGAAGCAGCCGUGAAUGAAGUCCCAGCAAUGUUUCUUGCACCACUGGGAAUCACAGACUUGGCCUCUGGUGUCCCAUCACUGCAGAACACCCAGGGCUCAGAUGAGGGCAACAAACGGAGCGGGUCUUCAUCAUCUGUGUCGCUAGAUGCUUUAAGUCCAUUCUCAAGUGCAUCACAGGUAGCUGGACAAGAUAGCACUGGGAGCUGCUCAGUCAGAUCUGCUAGUCAGCCACACACCUCAGACUAUGAGUCAGGCGGGGACUCGGCAUCAACAGAAAAGUUAGCUAGUCCUCAGCACCUAUCUUCUUCCCAGCGACAGCUGAGGCCUUUAUCCAUCAGCCUAGUUCCAGUAGAUUCCACGAUGGGCAAACAAGUACGAGAAAAAAGAGAAGUGGCACAAAAACAGAACUCACAAGACGAGUGGACGAAAGACAGUAGAGGUGUAACCAGUGAUGGAUCAAGUAAUUCUGGCUUUGAAAGUGAAGACUUAGAUGAUGAUGAUAUUGACCCAUCGUACAAACCACCCACCAGAAGUGCAAAGGCUAAAGACCCAGAAGCUCUUAAAGGGAUUAAAAGAGGUAAAGCCAGACAAAUGGGCAAAACACCCAAAGGGAAGAAGAGGAAGACACAGAAGUCUGAAACAGGCCUUGUCACCCCAGGUCUACAUCCAGAAGAGUGCUCUGAAGAUCCUUCAGAUGUGUUGUCACCAGGAGGUGCUCCAUCACUCCAUGAUCAAGAAGCUUUACCAUCAUCACCACCUGCAUCUUCAAUACCAACAGAGUUUUCGUCACCUCCACCUCUGUCAACGCCACCGCCACCACCACAUUUUACUGGAGCUUCCCCUUCUCCUUUGCGAUCAUAUACAGGGCAUGUUGAGAAUCUCUACAAGCCAGGCUCCUUUGUACUCCUUCACAUGGGCAGUGAGAGAUCUCGAACUAGGAGCACACAGUGUCCUGCUGAAGUUAUUUCAACACCCAAGGGUCAACCGGAUGGGAUCUGGGUGCACACACUUCACUCUGCUGGUGGUGGGCUGUGGCAGUUACCCAACGAGGACCAAAUAGUUGAUCUGAGGGUCGAGCCAGGUGACAUAAAGCAAGUGUUGAACAAUGCAAGUGUCAAAAUUGUUGGAUCAAAGGUCUUUUACAAGUUUGAGGAUCGGUGCAUUUGUCUGGCAAUUUAUAAGAAACUUUCUAAGUAAUUCUUUGUUAGUGAUUUUGAACAAUGAAAAAUGGUCAAAAUGAUUAUCGUAAGGUCCAAGUCUUUUUUUUUUUUCAACUGUUCAUGCAUUCGUCACUUUCUUGGAAACUUGGAUGACACCAUCAGCCUCAGUAACUGUUUGUAAGUGCUCCUGAGAGGUGUAAAAGGUAAAGAGGGUAGGAGGGAAAUCUGGUCAGUAGUGUGGACACAGGAGAAGCAUUUUUGGAAACAAGUAAUAUAUGAAUGAAAAUUGAGAGAAAAGUUGUGUCAGAUUGCGUUUGAAAUUGCUUAUUAUUUUCAGAAUAAUGGUCAGAUGUUUAUAAAGCACAGGUUGCAAGACUGAUAAUUUUGUCAAAUACAUGUUUUAACGUGUUAUUCAGGUAAUGCAUUUAAUAAAACCCUAGUCCUUAAAUUUGUGAACAGAUUGAUAAUACUCUCAGGUAAAUCCGUAAAGCGAUUUUGUUUGUUCUCCUGAACACUUUUUGAUAUUGGUGAAGCCAGUCUCAAAGAAUAUUCAGCAUCUUUUCCCAUUUUGACAUUUUGUCCAUCCUACAGUUGAAAAUACCUCUUUCCUUUGCUGUAUGUUGUAUCCUCCACUUGUUUUCUUAUUUAUUUUUGUUUGUUUUUGCUAUUUGUGUCACUUCUUAUAGUCUCUUUAUUCAUUUUUAUUUUUACAUUAUUUUAGUAGUUGUCUGUAUAAGUGAUGUCAGUGUCAUGCACUGAUGGUGAUCCCUGACCUAAGUUACUGUUUUUGCGGAUUACAUUUCAUUUUUAAGUUGUAUUAUUGUUAAUAUCAAAUAUUUUGCAAUGAUACCAUCCAAGUCAGUGUUGAUCUUCCCUGGGUAAGAUCCAGAAUGGGUGAUGCUUGAUGAGACAAAAGACAUCCAUAGAUAAAAGAAAAACGAUGUUAUUGAUAGAAGUUUUAUUGUCUUAAACUUAAGUUGAAUAAGUAUGUGUUCAAAAAUAUUUUAAAUGUUUUUGACAUUACAGUUCCAGCAGAUACUUGAUAGUUUUUUUAAUUCAUACAAAUCAGCAUUGAUAAUUGGGUGAUUCAUCUAGUCUUUUUGGAGGUUAUAACUCAUUCCAAGUAUUUUUGUAACAGUUAUAUUUAAAAUGUUAAUAAAUAUUCAUAUUUCACUUUAUUUGAUUUUGUGUUAAUAUGUAUGUACAUGUAACAUAAAGAGUGAAGAUGAUAUUUUAAAAAUAAAUCCUAAGCAUAUGCACCGAGAGAAGGGAAAAACAUAUAUCUGUAUCACAACUUCAAUUUUUUAAGUAGUUUGACUCAUGAUAAAAUAAUUGAUAGUAUAAUAGCAAUCUAAGUCUUUAUUUUGGACUAACAGGUAUUGAAAAUGGGUCCGAUUGCAGUGUGUAGAUUUUAAUCUUUUUGUUUGCUGGUUAUCAGUAAAAGUAAUUUUCUGAUUAAUUUUUAAUUAUUGUCUUUACUUCAGUGUCUUCAUAUGCAGAUUGUUUUAGUCUCUUUAACCCGUGUAUAUAAAUUGGAGCAAUGUGUGAUCUAAUUAGACUCUAAUUAUUUUUGGCAGGACUGUUUUAGAAACAUGGUUUGGGAUUUAGUUUUGAUUCAGUUUUGACUGUUUUUAAGUGUAUUUUUUAUCCAAGAGACUCCUUCCCAGCUCUUGUGCAGUCUAACCAGGAAUUAACAUGCAUGCAUGCCUUGCCCAUUUCACUCUUUUCAUUUCUCUUUAUAUGCUAGUUUGCUCUUUGCCUCUUGGUCUCUUUGUCAGUCUGUUUCUUCGUCUCUUUUCCCCCUUUUUGGACUCUCUCUCUUACAUUUGUCGUUAUAUAGCCCUAGUUGCUGGCACGGCGUUAAACACAAACAUCUCUCCCUCACAUACACACUCACACUCUUUCUUUGUCUAUCUCAUAAACAUAUUUAAACACGUAUGCAUGUUCACGGGAACAUAAGACACUCUUUCUUUAUCUAUCUCAUAAACAUAUUUAAACACGUAUGCAUUUUCAUGGGAACAUAAGAACAUUUAUACCAAUCAUGUAAACUUUGUAUGAAAGUAUUAUAGCUGUAAGUUUUAUUUUCAUAGCAACUGUAUCCCUCUCAAAUAGUUCCCUAACAUUAAAAUAAACCUAUAGUAUCAUGCAUGCAUCAUUUGAUUGUGUGUGCAUUCAUGAAAUUGUAAUGCUCUGUUUUGGAUUAUAUUAAAAAAAAAAAAUUCGGGCUACAGCUGAAAUCUUGAAGACUAGAUGAGUGUCUCACAUCAACGUGUGAUGACUUAUUCCAAAUACCAUUAGUAGCGCCAUCUUGCUGGAUUUAGUGUAGUGUAAACGGACAUGUUGUUGCUGCAGAUAAAUGGGUAUGAUGAUAUACAUCUUUUUUGCUUAGUUUACAUUGCAUUCUACAGCCAUUGUUAAUUUGACAUUGUUUUUGCACAGAAUGACUCAGCUGUAUUUCUUCUUGCAGCAUCCUGCAGGGUCCUGAGUAAUGCUGAUUCACCUGCAUGUUUUGGGUGCACAUCUGCCUGGGGGUUCCUUCCUUUGUAUGUCAAAUGUAUGAAGUAGAAGGAAACAUUUAUAAGGCAGCGCAUGGAAACCAGCAUCUAGUUUUUCUGCUGCAACACUUAUAUGCAGCAGCAGAGUACUUUGUAUUUGUUUGGGGUUUUUUGGCAUCUUGCUAGGGGGAUGAUUCACUUUCUUAGGCAUAUUGUAUGGCAUGUUUUCUCCUUAACCACCUAUAUAUGAUGGUGCAUAGAUAUGUAUGAUGUUUUUACGUAAAUUGUGUUAGCUUGUUGUAAAACCAAAGUCUGCAAAAAAGAGUUUGUCUAUCCACAUAUUUAUGUCUCCUUGUUUUUGUAGAUUUUCAACAAUACUAGUCAGAAAAAUGUUGACAAAAUUAAUCAUGCAUCAGUCAAGAACAGUCACUUUCAAAAUGUUUUAUCCUUGAAAAGAAGGAAUAGCCUCCGCCAUUAGCUUUAAUGUGUGACAGUUCUGGGCACAGUCUUUCACAAAAUAAAAACUGUUCUCAACUUGUAUUGCUGCAAGUAAUUGCUUGAACAUUUCUAGAUAAUUUUUGGGGAAAACCCUAUGACCAGUGGCAGCUGCUGCCAGUUUUUAACAGAUGUAAACUCUUUGAUGCUAGCUUUAUUCACAAGGGAUGUGCUUUAGCUUGGUGCUGACAGAUACAUUUGAAGCACCAGAUUCUUCUUUCUCUGUGUCAGUCACUCACGGCUUAUCGUCUUUCUUUUCUAUCAUUAUUUUUGUCAUGGUCUUUGAUGUUAAAAUUGAAUUGUGGCUGAUGUUACUGUGAAAGAGAGUCCACCAGAUGUGUUUAAGUGGAUCUUAUUGCUCUUUAAAGAUAUGAUGAUGUAAAUAGUUACAGAAUGCCAGUUGCUAGAACCUUGUGUUUGACAAGAUGCAGGAUCCACUGUUGUGAUUUAUUUAUUUCAAAGAUGGAAGAGGUGGAAUAUUAAAAAUAACCCACCCUCUCAGCUAUCAUAUAUGACAGUGAUCAGAACUAUCGAUGUGUAGAACUGAUCUGACAUUUAACAAUAUUGGAGAAUUUCAAACUGCCAUUAUUUUUUAUUAGCUUAGUAACAGAAAACAAGGCUUAAAUAGAAGUUAGUACUACCUUAUUGUACUGUUGGUUAUCAAUGAACAUUAAUAUUAUUUUGAAGGUUGGACCCGUGGUUGUUAGUGUUGGAGCUGUUUCCUUAAUGUGCAUGAAUGAAUAAAAAGGGGUGAAAGGAUAAAACCAUAUUAUUGCUUAAUAAUCAAAACAACAAAACAAUAUGUGGAGUUAACUAGUAGUUGUUGAUUGUUGGGGAGAUAAUGUGCUUUUAGUGUAUAAAUAACUGUAUAUUCUUAGAUGUACUUUUGUCAAGUGUGGAGUUUAUAUUGCCAAAGUUUAUAUUGCCAAUAUUAGGAGCAGAAAACUUACAGAUUGCUAAUAUUAGGAACAGGAAACUUACAGUGUAUAGGCCACUUCUCUGGUGAAACAUAGUGGUAAAAACUAUUUUUUCUAUACAUAUUUUGUAGUAAUUGAUGUAGUUUUUCAUGUAUGUUUGUGGUGACACCAAUUUAGCUAACUUGCAAUGUUGGCUAUCCGCUGGUUUUAAGUUAAUGUUUUUUUCCAACAACAGUGUGGGUUAAGAUACUCUUUUUGUCAUCGACUGGCAGCUUUACAUUGCCAAUUAAACAGGAGACUUUUUUUUGUUCAUUGGAUAGCCGAAAACCCCAUAGUCUAACCACUUGAAAUACAGUCAAUCAGAUUUUAUCGUCUCUAUCUGUAAGUGAAACAUGAACAGCUAAAUUUUAAUUGAGAUCUUUCAUUCUUUUUCACACACAUGCACGACAAACACACAUAUUUGUGUAUCCUGGAACAAUACUGUUAAAGCCAUAAAAAUACCAUUUUGCAUUGCCAUCUUUGAAACUGUUGUAGGCAUCAUGAACAAUCCAUACUGUUUUUUAACUAGUUCUUGUUGUAUCGUUAACACAUUCUGACUCCACAGCUAUUUAAAUGAAGAUUUUUAAAUGUUUAUAGAGUUUUCACUCAAAUAUUAGUACUGAUAAUUAUCCCUAGAUUAUUUUCAAGAUAAUUGUGCCUUUUUAUUUUAUAUAUUCUUCACUGUGUCAUGUGAUCCUUCAAGUUCUGAUUUGUCUAGCAUGUAUAAAAGCUAGUGUUUUAGGAGAAGAGAUAGCAUAAAAUAAUUUUAACUGUAAACUUAAACUAUUGUCUAUGGAGGCAGCAGAGGACUUUACAACAGACCUUUUCACAGUUCUGUUCCUUCAUGUUUGCUUUCUCACUUUUGUAGAGCUAUUCUCUUUAGCUAAAAAGAGGACACAUUAUUUCCUGCUAUUUCAAUGUGUAGUUUGUGUCUUGUUCAUGUACAUUCAUAUUUACUGUUGUUAUGCACAGGUGUACAAGAUUUUAAGAAAGACAUAUUUUGUUGCAAGCCGCAUUCUUUCUUUGAGUCAUCUGCAUAAGAACAUUUAAAGCUGCCCUAGCUCUGUGAUUCCUUGUGAAAGCAAGAUCAGACUUGCCAUUAAUAAUUUGGUUAUCUGCUUUAAACCUUGAACACUGCCAUAUGCUGCAUCUUAUGUUCAGGAAUUAGGGACAAAAGAGACAUGCUGAAAAGAAUUUCAUUGUCAGCGACUUGAAAUUAAAAAGAUUUAUUCUUGUAGAAUUGCAUAUUCUUGAAAAGAAGACAAAGGCAUCGUGUGCUGCAAGUGUUCAUGUUGCAUUAUAUAAAUAUUAUAUUGGAAAACUAUAUGCUUGCUGCCUGUCAUGUUGUGAUCUUUAAAGUGUUCUCUAGUCUCAUUCAUUCAGAAACUUCUACAUCUGGUUUGACUUCUUUUCACUUUAAUGUUGUUUAAAUUCCUUUAAAUGGGGCAUCAUAUUUAUUUACAAAGAGGUUUUUUCAUCUUAGUCAAAGAGUGUCUAAUGAUAUUUUAUGUUAACAUGCCUAUGGUCUUUGUGUUGGCAGAUUUCCACAGUAUGGGUAAAAGUAUGGGUAGACACUGCUAUCCUUUCAUUAUAUACCCAAAUAAGUAAACCCUUUGCACAUGUGUUUGCAGAGGUAUGAAUAUAUUCACGCAGAUAUGCAUAUACAUGCUUGUAGACACAAUUUCAUGUAUAUCCACCCAUCCUGUGUCUAAUCAUUUCCAUAUAGCUAUGUAAAUAUAGACGCCCUUUAAGACAUUAUUUAAGACUAAAUUCGAAAAUUUUGGUUAUGUUAAUUUCAAAAAAUGUAAAAUUCUGGCACCAUCAUGUUCUGGCAUAGAAAGCAGGUCAUUGCGAGUUUAUCAUUAAGCGUGAAAGGACAUUCAUGUAUACAUUGGACGAGAUUUCUGUUAUUUAAAAAGUUUUUCACUUUCUUCAUUACAGUUUCGUUAUUUCUUGUUUAAGUCUAAAAUGAGUAUAAAAACAGUUUGUAUUAGGAUUUGGUUGUUUGUAGCAUCAGUAUAUGGCUAAAGUAUUUCAAAACCUUAAAAUAGAAAUUCUUGAAUGAUGAGAAGGGGGUGGGAUUUAUAAUCCAUGAUUUUAUUUUGUAGCUGAUAGUUUUUAACUAGUAAGUUUUUAAAUGAAAAUUUUAUUCAUUUAUACAGUUUCUGACAGUGUUGCUAUUAAGAGGCGAUAUAUAUUCAUGUUAGAAUAUAAAUGGCAUCAGCAUUAUUUUAUGUUUUGAAGUUGAUUAUUAUUUAAAGUUCUAAAUGUUUCUUCCAAGUUUAGCUUAAGCAUUUAAAGAAUUCAUUGUCUACUAUGAUUAAAGAUCACUUCCUGCCAACAGCACAAAAGGGAAGAUAAUUUUUAAAACGUUUCUUUUGAUGUUCUGUGUUGAACUUUUAUUCCAUAACUUCAUUGUCAUGGCAAUCAAAGAUGCUGAUCUGGCAUAUUUAUUUUUGACAUCAUCUGAUAGUAACUGCCAUUUGUAAUCAUUGUUUAAUAAUGAUAAUGAAUAGUGUGUGUUUAAAGUUUAAUGGGUUUUUGGUAAGUUAUGCCUGUCAUACCUUUUAUGCUGAUAUCAACAUUACACACGACUGAACCCAAAACAAAAGAGUUUGGAGUUUAGAUUUUGUAAUUCUGUUUACCUUACUGCGAUGGUGCGAAAUGUUUUGUCAUCUGCAGACAAGAUAAGCACAUAUCAUUUUCCUUCAGCAUAGCAGCCUAUAUUCCCAUACUUGCUUUAACCAAGUUAAUGUGAGCUGAAAUUCACUCAUCACAUUGUCUUUAUCAUUGUUUACAUUGAAUGAUGAGUAAAUCUUUCUCACGAA